AGGUUGUGAUUCGGAGUUCUCCAGUUUCUCCGUUAUUUCCAGACCGAGCCUGUUUGAGGAGCAUUGCGUGAGCGUCGUGUCGAAAGUGAAAGUUUAUAGGUUCAGUAUUUAGUGUCUGUGAGCAGCAGAGAGAGUCAGAGAGUCUGAACUCAGACUGAACUCACACAGAGCUCGGGUGAGAAAUAACUCUCUCUGAAUGGGAAAUAAUCUCCUUCAGUAAUCCAUAACCAGCUACGGGCAAAUCUUCAAAAUCACAAUCAUGAAUGGUGUAAAUGCUGUGCAACUGUUCAUUCUGGUUUGGACCUUUACUGCUGUCUGUCAAGCUGAUGAACAUGUCAGUGUAAGCUGUCAGAAUGUGACUGGUUCUGUGGGGAAAGAAGUAACUCUCAGCUGCAGCGUCUCUCUGAAGAUCACUGGAUGCUGCUUUAUAAAGUAUAAGUUUCAAUACCCUGAGAUCUAUAAUGACUCUUCAAUCUGCCAAGAUGUUUCUGUGAACUCCUGUGAACAGAGAAACAGUUUCACAUGCCGCUACACUCCAACUACAGCGAUGAAAGAACAAUUCAGAUUCUUUGUCCAAACAACGUGUGGAGCGGGAAAAGAAGUAAUCUUCACUCUUAACACAGUUUCCUCAGAACAUGGGAACCCAGUAAACCCAUCAGGAUCCUCUCCACCAGAGACAGCAGCAGGAUUCAAGGGAACUGUCAUCACUGUGGUUAUGGUUGGUUUCAUCAUCAUCAACAUCAUCACCAUGGUGAUCAUUUGCAAAACAAAACCAAACUUCACCAAAUUUUGUAGACAUCAGAACUGGAUGUUUCUGAGAGUCAGACAUGAUGAGGACAACAGUCAUCCAGAAGAUGUGAUAUAAUAGCACUGAGUUUUGUUUGACUUUUCACAUGGUGCUCACGAAACACACAAGCUUUAUUUGAACUCCACUAAACUCUACACUAUCUUAUUUCUCAAACUACUGGAUAUAUAACUCUGGAUGUAGGUUUUAAACUAUUGUUUCUGUUUUAUAUUGAUUUCUGUGAAAUAACAGCAUAUUAUUGAUCAGUUUGAUCAGUGAAUAUGACUUUAAUAAACUCAAACCUUUGUGAACUUUAAGAAGAAACACAGCAAAACUCAAACUGUCUUUUUUCUGACUUUCAAGAAAUGUCUAACAUUUUUAUAUAUUAUAAGAUUGUGUGAACGAUGUGGUUUUGUACAGUAUCUUAUUAU